UCUGUUCUGUUUUCAUUAAAAAAAAAAAACCCAACUUUCCCUCUCCUCAUCCCAUAUAACCCACCACCAUCAUUCCUCUUCCUAUCAACAAAUCAUACUUGAGAGAGAGAGAGAGACUUGAAUGGAAGGGGAGAUGGGAAGGAGCGGAAGCAGCAGCAAGAAGAGGAAGAUGUGGCUUUUUAAGAGGUUAAAGAUGAAGGAAUCUUGGAGAUGGAGAUUGAGGUUUUUGGUUUCUGCUUUCAAGUGGAAAAGGCUUAACAUACAGCUUUCUUUGCUUGACGAUUUGCUUUUCAAGAUCAUCUCUGUUUUAGAGGCUAUUGUCUUGGUUACUACCUUGUGCUUCUUUUUUCUUUGUUGUGGCUGCCAUUUUUGACAUUAGUCUCUUUAAUGUUAUUUUGGUUCAAAAAUUUUAUGUUC